UUUUGGCAAUGUCUUGACCAUCACCAUAACCAAAAGGAUUCAUAUUCCCAAGGUGAAAAAUAUGAAUCCUUUUGCUGGUGGCCUCAUGCGUGUAUUUGAGCCCAUAUGUAUGUAUCUUGGUUUCACUUCACGCCAAGGUGAUCUCCCGGGGAAGUUAUCGGAGAUCGAUCGCCCAGGGUGGAUUGGCAGAAAUCAAUCAUACAAGAUUAAUUGUACUCUGUCUGUCCUGCCAUUACCCUAUUUGUAUUGGAUUUGGAUUGAUCUCUUGAAUAAAUUCCAAGCUUUACUAAUUCUUUCUGUAUAUAUUUCAUAGCCCCAGCCUCAACCAACCAUAAUAUAACUCCCUUCCGCAUCAGCGGCAUCCCCAAACCCUAAAUUUCUUUGUGCCUCAAUUUAGCAUUCCAUAGCUAGCAAAGGCCCUAUCAAUCAUCUGGUAUCAUGGGGGAUCAGAAAAUAUCUCAACCUUCCGCCGCCGCUGAGCUCACCGAUGUUCACGGCCAUGCCUUGACGAGCAAAGAUGAGCUCUUGGGUAAGAUAUCGGAGAUGGAGAAAUCUCUAGCCGCACUUUCCGACCAGCAAAUCCAACUGGUCCAUUUGACGAAAUCUAUAGCAGAGCAGCUUCGCCUACUACGCGCCAUUGUCACUGGCGCCACGGUGAAUACCUGCACUCCCAACCCGAACGAUGGGGCCCUUCAUCCUUACCCAAGCUUGCCCAUGGAGAUCGAGGGUGAGCAUGCAUCAAUGAUGGUAAAUCAGGGGGAAGCCCGAUCUGUAUAUUUAGUCGUUUCUUUUGGGUUGAAGACUGCAAUCUAUGAAGUGAAAUUCAGACAUGGAAGAGGAGUCUCUCAUGAACCCACAACAAUUGGACUUGUUGCCAAGUUCAAUGAGGAUAAUUUCUGUCAUGCUGCACGGAUUUCCAAACGCUCCAAAUUAUAUUGUCUUACAAAACACAGUGGGUAUAUUGUUGACAUGAACUCUUUUUCAAGAUGCUCAUCCAUUCCUCCUAACCUAGCCAAUGAAUUUAUAGCAAUGGUUGUGUCCGCGUAUGGCAAGAUUUACUGUGUUGCAAGUCCAACCUACUAUCCAUCAGUUUUGGGGACUUCCUUCUGGAGGUAUGAUCCUGAUAAGAACAUUUGGGAGCCGCUUCCAUGUUGUGAGGAUUAUCACAUGGGUAUGAUUAUCACCGGUUAUGCUGUUUGUCAUGGUGUUAUUUUGUUUUCAUUGGUUAGAUGGGAAAAAAAUCAAUUCGAUGUCGUUGCUUUUGAUCUGAGUAGAAACCAAUGGAAUCGAGUGAAAGUUGAUACCACUAUUAAGUAUGCCCAUUUCAUAGGGAGGGCCGUGGUUGUAGGCACGACUAUCUAUGCCUCAUAUGGGAAAUGUGUUAUAGCAUUCUCCUUAAGGAUGCAAAAAGGUGAUGAUGGUGGUAUUGCAUAUUCCCUACGACAACUGUUUAUAUUAGAAGGCUUGGAGAUUGCGGAUCCACCAUUGCCAUUUGAGAGGUGUAGCGAUGAUUAUUUGGUUCAUUUGGGAAAGCGGGACUUUUGCCAUGUCAGUACUGGCAAUAAUGAAGGUUUCAGGGUUCAACAUAUUCGUAUCACCACAUUUCAAAUUGUUGUUGGAGAAACAGGAAGAGAUAUGAUCAAGACCAUACAUUCAACUGUUCAUUCUGUGGAUAUGGAAAGCCGUGAAAUGUUUUAUCUUCUUUCCUGCUUUGCUCGUGAUUGUGAGGAUUAUGAACCCAUAGGAGACGAGAGUAAUUGGAUUUUGCAGAAAGAAGCCAAGUGGGAGAAUGGAGAAAUAGCUAACAGGCCGCAUGAAAGUAUUGUUCAGGGAAAUGAUUACUGCAACUUGAUAUUAUAGUACCAUAACUACAAGGAAUAAUGGUGAAAAAUAUAGUGAAUUUAAUGACUAAUAAUACUACAUAGUCACUAAAUUGAUUCGUGCCUAUUUUU